CAUUCAAAUCCAAUCCAGUUACGUCACAAAUAAUCAGGUGAAGUGUCAACUGGACUGAAAUAGUAGUCUGAAAAAGUUUUUGGAUUUUUGGAUACCCUAUCCCUCUCGAAAUUUUAUUGAAACUAGCCUGAAGAAAUACAUCUCGAAAAUGUUAUCAGUUUGUAAACAGACCAUUUCACAGACUCUCCAAAGAAAUUCGAUACGAUGUUUAGUUUCUGUUGUACCGCAAACUAAACUGGAUGAUUUCGGUGCGAAAAAUGAACCGGUCCUGAGCUAUCUGAAGGGUUCACCCGAACGAGCAGAAAUAGAAAAAGCCCUCAAUGAAACCGCAAAUAAGACUGAGGAAAUACCGAUUGUUAUUGGCGAUAAAGAGUUUAAAACUGAUGAUGUUAGAUAUCAGGUGAUGCCACAUAAUCACAAGAAGAAAGUCGCCAAAUUCUACUAUGCUGAUGCGAAACUUAUAAAUCAAGCGAUAGAUGUCGCUACCGAAACACAGAAGAAAUGGGACAAAACUCCUAUUCCCGAGAGAUUAAGAAUUUGGGAAAAAGCUGCCGAUUUAAUGGCCGGAAAGUACCGAGCGAAAUUAAACGCGGCAACCAUGUUAGGACAAGCGAAAACUGUCAUACAAGCUGAAAUCGAUGCUGCCGCUGAAUUAAUUGAUUUCUUUAGACUAAACGUGUAUUUCCUCAAAGAAGCCACAAAAUAUCAGCCCAUAUCAGAAAACCCACAGGUGACCAAAAAUUCCAUGAGAUACAGAGGCAUUGAUGGUUUCAUUGCGGCUGUUUCUCCAUUUAACUUCACUGCCAUUGGUGGAAAUCUCGCCUAUACACCUGCAUUAAUGGGAAAUGCGGUUUUAUGGAAACCCAGCGACACCGCCAUUUUAGCCAAUUGGGUGAAUUUCAAGAUCUGCCUGGAAGCGGGAGUUCCUCCAGGCGUAGUAAACUUUGUUCCAUCUGAUGGUCCAGUUUUUGGUGACACUAUUACUGCCUCACCUAAUUUAGCAGGAAUCAAUUUCACAGGAAGCGUUCCUACAUUUACGCGUCUAUGGAAACAAGUGGGAGAGAACAUUAGUAAAUACAAGAAUUUCCCUCGCCUAAUCGGAGAAUGCGGCGGUAAAAAUUAUCAUUUCGUCCAUCCUAGUGCGGACAUUGACACAGUAGUCAACGGUACGAUUAGGAGCGCGUUUGAAUUUUGCGGACAAAAAUGCAGCGCUUGCAGUAGGAUGUACGUGCCGGAAUCUUUGUGGCCUAAGAUUAAGGAAAGAUUGUUGGAAAAAAGGUCUCAAUUAAAGAUUGGGGAUCCCACUGAUUAUGAAUCGUUUACGUCAGCUGUCAUUGAUGACAAGGCCUUCAAGAGAAUUUCCGGUUAUAUUGACCAUGCUAAAAAAUCGUCAAAUCUAGAAAUUAUUGGUGGUGGAAAAUAUGAUGACAGUACUGGAUACUUCAUCGAACCAACCAUUGUCCAGACCAAGGACCCCAAAGACAAAAUUAUGGUAGAAGAAAUCUUUGGACCUGUUUUAACAAUAUACGUUUACCCAGACAGUAAAUUGAAAGAAACUCUGAAUCUGGUUGGCAAUUCAACUUCAUUUGCUUUAACAGGCGCCGUGUUUUCACAAGACGAGCAAUUUUUGAAAUCUGCUCUUGAGGAAUUGAAGAUGACCGCUGGUAAUUUCUAUGUUAAUGAUAAAUCGACUGGCAGUGUGGUUGGCCAACAGCCUUUUGGCGGUGCGAGGUUAUCAGGUACUAAUGAUAAAGCUGGAGGUCCACACUACGUCCUAAGAUGGGGAAACCCCCAAGCAAUUAAAGAAACUUUCGUUCCUCUAACUGAAGUCACCUAUCCAUACAUGAAACAAUAAUCACUACAUCGAAUGGGGGAUAAUUUUUCGCUUUUAUUUUCUCUAUUAGCAGAAAAUCUCGCAGGAAACUUUAAGUUAUGUGAUAACUAGGACUAUAUUAUUAGGCUUUAAAUAUUUACAUAUUUAUUUGGACAAAAUGCAAUUUAUUAUAGUAUUAUUACUUUUUUCUUAAAAGUAUUAUUAUCUUCAAAAGUUACUGGUGAUGAGCAAUGAAAAAAAAUGUAUUAGAUUGUAUUCUGAUUAGGUAAGCUGCUCUAUAUGAGUUUAUUUUGGAAAAAUUAAGGAAUAUUUGAAAGAAAUUUAUUUCCUAAUUAAGAUUUUUUAUAUAUUUUUGAAAAUAUUUAAUAUCCCUCAAUUAUUUCACAUAGAUAUAUUAUUUAUUACAUGUGCAUGUGUGAAUAUAUAUGUAUAAAUAGGCAAUUCUAACAAAAGUUAACAUUUUCAAACACCUAAAUAUCUUCAUAAGAUGUGUUUCAAAAUGUUUACUGAUUUUGAUUUAAAAAAAAUGUUACCCUUGUCUUAAGGUAAAAAAGUCAAUGACAAUAUCUAAAUGGUAUAUAAUAUCUGUAUUAUUUUAACAUAAUAAAUUUGGUAGAAAGUU